AUGAGAAAAGCUUGGUAAAAACCCUAUUUUUCUUCUUCUCUUCAAUUUACAGUUCUCUGCACCUUUUUCUUUCCCCUGUUUUUUGAUCCUCAAUCACCAAACCCUAGCUUGUUCUUCUGUUGAUUAUUUCGAAAAGGGGGUUUGUUUGUUUUCUGGGAAUCAGCAAAAAUCACGAAAUGGUUGGUUUAAUAUUUCAAUCGGGAUAAAAUCGAUCGAAAAUGAGUCAGCCUUCUGUGAUUCUUGCUACGGCUAGCUAUGAUCACACCAUCCGAUUCUGGGAAGCCGAAACUGGUCGCUGUUACCGUACCAUUCAGUAUCCUGAUUCGCAUGUAAAUAGGCUUGAGAUAACCCCAGAUAAGCAUUAUCUAGCUGCAGCUUGCAAUCCUCAUAUUCGACUCUUUGAUGUCAAUUCCAAUAGUCCUCAACCUGUGAUGACUUACGAUUCACACACCAACAAUGUUAUGGCAGUAGGAUUUCAAUGUGAUGCAAAAUGGAUGUAUUCAGGAUCAGAAGAUGGCACAGUUAAGAUCUGGGACUUAAGGGCUCCGGGUUGCCAAAAGGAGUAUGAAAGUGUUGCAGCGGUUAAUACAGUUGUUUUACACCCAAAUCAGACUGAAUUGAUAUCUGGAGACCAAAAUGGAAAUAUACGUGUAUGGGAUCUCAGAGCAAAUUCGUGUAGCUGUGAACUGGUACCAGAAGUUGAUACAGCUGUACGGUCUUUAACUGUUAUGUGGGAUGGGACAAUGGUAGUCGCUGCUAACAACCGUGGAACAUGUUAUGUAUGGCGCUUGUUGCGUGGAAAACAGACAAUGACAGAGUUUGAGCCCCUUCAUAAGCUGCAAGCUCAUAAUGGCCACAUCCUUAAAUGUCUCCUCUCUCCUGCAAACAAGUAACAUGUUUCUUAUACUUUCUCUUUUAACCGUUUUCUUCAUCCUCUCCUUUUCGAAGCUCUUACAUAUUUGUUAGCAGAUAUCUAGCGACUGCAUCAUCUGAUAAAACUGUCAAAAUAUGGAACGUCGAUGGUUUUAAACUAGAGAAAGUUUUAACAGGACAUCAAAGAUGGGUUUGGGACUGCGUCUUCUCAGUGGAUGGAGAAUUUCUUGUAACAGCAUCAUCGGACAUGACGGCUAGAUUGUGGUCGAUGCCAGCAGGCAAAGAAGUGAAAGUGUACCAAGGUCAUCACAAAGCCACUGUGUGCUGUGCACUUCACGAUUAAAACCUUAAUAAGAAUCAAAGCUAAAUUAUGAACAAACUACGAUUGUGUUAUUUGUGUUUUAGUAAACUCUUGUACAUUUCAAUCGAAUUCGUUCAAAUUGCUCU